CCUUCCCAUGUUAUAUAAAUACAGAUGUGAACCAGCCACCUUCACACUGGUUCUUCAGACAGGACAGCGUCAAUUAAAACACACUGACUAAGACUAAAACAGAACACCAUGAAGGUUCUUGUGGUGCUUGCACUUGCUGUAUUUACAGGUUGCCAGGCCAACCUAUUCUAUGCUGAUGAGCCCAAGCCACAGCUGGAGCAGCUGACUGAUGCAUUCUGGAGCUAUGUUUCCAAGGCAACACAAACCGCAGAGGAAACCGUCAAGAUGAUCAGGUCUUCCCAACUGGGACAGGAAGUCAAUGCUAGACUGACCCAGAGUGCAGACAUGGCCAGCGAAUAUGCCGUCACCCUCAAGAAACAGAUGGAUCCUCUGGCUGAAGAGCUGAUGACCAAAAUCACCAAGGAAGCUGAAGUGUUGAGGGAGCGUUUGGGCCAGGACCUGAUCACUGUGAGAGACCAGCUGGAGCCCUAUGCUGACAACCUCAAGAGCCAGAUCCAGCAGAGAGUGGAGGAGCUCAGGACGGCCAUGGCUCCAUAUGCAGAUUCCCUGGAUUCUGAGACCCUGAAGGCCACUCUGCUCCAGAAGAGUGAGGAGCUGAGAGGAAACCUGGAGCAGAGCGUGAAGGAGCUGCAGGCUCAGCUGGAGCCCUACACUGCUGAAAUCAAGGAGAAGGUUGACCAGCGUCUGCAGGAGUUCCAGAAGACCGUAAGCCCUCUGGCUGAGGAUCUUCAGACCCAGAUUAGAGAGAGAGCCCAGAUGGUCCAGCAGAGUCUCACACCCUACGCUGAAGACCUGAAGGAAAAGUUGGACCCCUACGCACAGGACCUGAAGGACCAGCUCACCUCCCUGUACGAAUCCUUCAUCAAGAGAAAUUAGAUGCUUCAAAGACUUCUUCCUGUGUCACUAACAGAACUGUUUUUCCUUCCAUGAGCAUUGUGACUCCAAAUUCCCAUUUCUCUCCAUAACCAUGACCUACAUUAUACUAUUAGGCAUCAACAAGAUCUUUAUGGUCUUAUAUCUUACAGUUGAUAGACCAAACACUAAUAUACAGGAAAGGUGAUUUUCUUUUUUUUUCUUUUUUUGCUAAAAUCCUGUUGUUUACACCAUAACCAUUCAUCUAUACAGACGCAGAAAUUUUGCUCUCUUUCUGUUGUGUAUUUAUUUCAGUUUAUUACCUCUGACAGAAAAUAUGUUGUUUCUUGGAAAUUUAUAAAUGCCAAGUGAAUCAUUUGUCUUAUUUAUCAACAAUAAAACACCUGCCAUUUAUUAACACGCUUCUGAAUAUUAUGUCCAGUUGCGUAGAUCAUCAUAGCUGAACUGUCAUUCUAAAUAUUACAUUUAUGCUAUUCAUACGUUAUUUUUUUAAUCUAAUUAAGUAGCCCUCUGAAAAUGCGUAAGGCUUGCAUACUUUUUAAUAAAAUCAAGACAAAAUAGGAGUUAUUUCUUCAAAAGAUUAAGGCCUUGUUAUCUACUCAUGAGAAGUGUGGCAUUUGACACACACACACACACACACACUAUAUAUAUAUAUAUAUAUAUAUAUUAUAUAUACACAUACACACACACACACACACACAUAUACAUAUACACACAUACAUACAUAACAGACAGAUUUAAACAAUAUUUCUAAAAGUCUGUAUGAAUGUCAGAAGGAUUAUUUAAAUAAACCAACUCUAACAAAGGACAUGCAGAAAUGAUAAAGGUCAUCUCAAAUGAUUGCUUGUAACACAUAAUAAAGAUUAGAUAAGGUUGAGAACUUUCCAAAAAUGGACCUCUUCCAGUCACUGAUUUAUUUUUUUUUUUGAGUUUUCAUAUAUCUAUAUUAUAUUGUGACUUUCUAGCAUUUUUUUCUUGUUAUUGCAACAAUAAAACAUCUGCCAUAUAUUA